AUGUAUUUUAGCUGGUAGUUGAACUUCUGCCAUCUUGCGUACAUAGAUGACCUGCCAUGUUCAGCACAACUACAUCUCUUCACAGGUGUUUCAUCACUUGUUGUGAUUCAGACUCCUGACAUGUCUGUCAUGGAGGGGGAGAUGGUGAACAUCACCUGCUGCUGGACGGCAAUGGUUGGAAGAGCCAGACUAACUUGGUUUAAAAAUCAAACAAUUAUUCAGAUGGAGAUGGUAAUUCGACCUGAACAAUCUGAGAAGUACCAGUCAAUCAACUGUUCAACUUACACCUUUCCAAACAUCUCAAGAAGGGAUUCUGGGAUAUACAUCUGCAGUGUCAAUGUGGAGAUACCGGAUUUCGCCACAUAUAAAGGAAAGGGUACGAUUAUCACAGUUGUUGCCAGAGAGGACUCACAGGACAACACAUCAAGAGAUUCUUCCAGCGGUCUACCAGUCCCCGCCAUAAUUGCUCUGGUUGUCGUGGCUCCACUGCUCCUCAUUGCUGUCAUCGGUUUCUUCUUUCUACAAAGGCAUGAAGGACAUGCAACCAGUGUGAUCUACAAGGCUCAGCACUUUGACUCUGAGCAAGCGGAGACGGACAAACAUAGCACCGGUUCCUCCAGACGAUCUUAUCACUGGGCAGCAGUGCAGAUGUGCAGCUUCCAGAAGCCCAAAGGUAUCGGCGGCCAUGAACGCCAGCGCAGUUCACAAGACUCCAGAGAGACGGAGAGCAAGUGGAGAAACAGAACACAGUGA